AUGGAGAACCACAGUCGACAAACUGUGGCUGCUCCUGCAUAUCCACAAAGCAUAACUAUGGCUGCAACGCAAACUGAAGACGAAUCCACCCUUACGAGCGCAACUUUACUGGCGGCUAAUAAUUUUGCAGCCAGAUUCAGCAAGCUAGUGAAGCACGAGUUUGCCGACAACUUUACGCCGGUCUACUAUGUUUCCAUCAUGGGAACGGGCAUUUCUCUGAAUAUCUUGUACAAUUUCCCAUAUCCAGCCCAUUGGCUCAGGGUAUGUGGAAAUAUCAUGUUUGGCAUAGCGGUCGUACUCCUUUUGACGACGACUGCAAUGACGAUAGUGAGCUGCUCCUGUCAUCGCGAAAGAAUCAGACAGUACCACGCAGAUCCAACCAUAGCGGUAUUCAUGGGCUGCUAUGUCAUGGGCUACAUCACAAUUAUCAACUUUAUCCACUCCCUAGUUGGACACGAACACAUAAUCUUUGUGUGGGUUUUAUGGUGGAUAGCGAUUUUCCUUUCAGUUUACACGGCAUUUGUGAUUGUUUUCUUCUCUUUCAUGUCGAAAGCGAACCAACAAUUUGAGCCAAAGAACAUUACUGCUACUUUAUUGUUGCCCAUAGUUGCCAUCACCGUGGUUUCCUCCAGCGGCCACAUGAUUACCCCCAACUUGCUAACUUUGCAACAGAAGGUCAUCACGGAAUUGUUCAGUUUGAUGCUCUGGAUGAUUUCCAUAGCACUUGCAUUCAUAAUCAUUGCCAUCUACUUCGCUAGACUAAUUAUUUUCAAAAUUCCCAACACGGGGUUGGUUUUCUCCAGCUGGUUGCCAGUAGGCUUCUUGGGACAAAGCAGCUACAGCAUUAUGCUUUUCGGAGCUAAUAUGUACCAGUUGAUUCCAGACGCUUAUCUUGGACAUUCGUUUUUGGUGACCUCGGCACUCGUUUCAUUAUUUCUCUUGUCUUUUGGCUACUUUAUGACAUUCAUCGCUGUGUGUUCAAUCUUGUCCAAAGUAAAGCCAUUUGCCCGUAAGCCGAAUGAGUCCUUCAUGACCAAGAGCGGUUUAAUGAAGUGGAACAAGUCUUGGUGGGCCAUGACUUUCCCUUGUGGGACAAUGUCAUUAUCCAACUUCGAAAUAUCAAAAGGAAUUGUGGGGAACUAUCCGUUGCCUUUUUUCAAGAUCAUGAGCUGCAUUUUUGCUAUUUGUUUGUUCUCCAUUACCAUUAUCUGCUUGGUAGGCAUCGUGGUAUAUAUUUAUAAUUGCAUCAAGAGUUUGUUUGUCAAGAGAUCUGAAAAAUCAGAUGCUCAGACAAUGGUAUAG